AAGAAGCGUAUGAAACGGCCAUGGAGUCAAAAAGAGGAAGAUAAUUUAUCAGAAGGAGUGCAGUUAUACGGCGUUGGUAAUUGGGCUAUGAUUUUAUCUGAAUUUAAUUUCGUAGCAAGAACGAACGUAGACUUGAAAGAUAAGUGGCGAAACAUGAAUAAAAAAAAGGACUAA